CGGACUUCGGAGAAAAACCUAUUCAGGUUCUUUUUGGACCUGUUUCAGGAAGGCAUCAAAUGAGAUGAUCACCAUGUGUCCAAUCAAGUGGAUAUCCCGAUAAGAAUCAAGCAGACUUACACCAUGGCCGUCAAUCCCGGUCAACAUGAUUGGGACGCACUGACCAGAAGCGACUGGUACCUCCAGCCUGAGAGGUGCAAUGGUCCAGUGGCUGUGAGUAGUGGAUUGAAGUCGGUGGGGACAGAGGAGCGAGCUUCUCGGCCUCGUUCCUCCGGAGAAAAAUUCACCCCAGCUCCGAGCUUUGAGCUUCCAAAAUCUGAGGUUCUGGGGCAGGGACAGAUCCGCAGUCGACGGAAGGUCGAUAGCGACGUUUUCCGCGACCGUGCCAGCACAAGCGGGCAUCUGAUUGAUCAACGCAGCGAGUGAAUGAGUGUUCCGGUCGAAUCAGCGAGUAGGCUGAGAUUCACGAGUUGCCCCAGAAUUUGAUAGAUCGAUAAAACUGCAGUGA